GGCUCUUUUCGGUUCAGUCACGCCUAGACUCGUUCGAAAAGCGAAACUAUAAUCAUUCCACGGCGAUGUACGAAGACUGAUGCUCAUGUCGUGGACUCUCUGUGCAAACGGGACAUUUUACUAAUUUUGAACGGGCUUAGCUUAUUCGACAUAGUUAUAUUAUACAAAUAAUGUUGUGAUAAAGACGGUCGCUUGUGGUGUUGUGUUAUCGUUAUAAAUUAUAGUGAGAUCAUUACAAAGAGAAUAUUGUGAAGUGCAUUCUAGUGAUUAUUACGUUAUUGUCAACGUUCCUGGAUACCAAAGGAUUGUUUUUUGAGAUCUUAGAAUUACAUAAGGUCUCGACAGCAAAACAAGGACGGUGUCCCCACAUUAUGAAAGUACGCUUUUAUAUACGCGUAUGAUCAAGUAGACCGUCAUAUCGAAGCCCGUCCGAUCUAAUUCCGUCAUGGCUAUCCUAUGGGCGGGCGGGGAGCCGCGCGGACUGCGACGAUAGGCGGGCGGCCCGAUGCGCCCGCGUCAUGUGGCGCGUCCUACUGGCCCUGGCGGCCCUCGGCGCCGCCGACGGCUCCUACGACGUCGUGCGCUCCUUCUCCGACCCUCUCGCCACCCCCGCGUCGCUCUUCAAUCACCUGGUCGUCGAUCGCAACACCGGCCGGGUCUACGUGGGUGCCGUCAACAGAAUAUACCAGCUGUCUCCUGAACUCGAGGUCGCCCAGUCGUUCGUCACCGGACCGGUCAACGAUUCGGCUCUCUGCACCUUUGAUUGCCCUCCGAGUUUCGUGAAGAAGCCCACCGAUAACGUCAACAAGGCGCUCGUCAUCGACUAUGCAACUAGCCGCCUCAUUACGUGCGGCUCGGUGUUGCAAGGAUUGUGCUCAGUGCGGAACUUGAAUAACAUUUCUCAUGAUGUGCGCGAAGUGCGCGAACCGGUGGUUGCGAACAACGCCAGCGCAUCGACCGUGGCUUUCAUCGCUCCCGGGCCCCCCAACCCUCCCAUGACGCAGGUUAUGUACAUCGGCGUCACCUUUACCGGCAACUCUCCUUACCGCUCCGAAGUGCCCACCGUAAGCAGUCGCUCUUUAGAGGAUGACCGUCUAUUCAUGAUAGCCAGAACCGCUGUUACGACCGGCACCAGAAUGUUCGUAAAUUCUCUAUCCCGAGAACGAUACCCUAUAAACUAUGUAUACGGCUUCAGUUCAGAAGGAUUCAGUUACUUCUUGACGACUCAGCUGCGCGGCGUCGGCUCCGAUACGUAUUAUAGUAAGUUGGUGCGUGUGUGUCACGAUGAUGAAAACUACUACUCGUACACAGAAAUACCGAUGUCCUGCACGGGUGAGGGUGGCGGAAACUACGGCUACAACCUCGUGCAAGCUGCCUUCGUAGGAAAAGCUGGUUCUGUGCUAUCCUCUGAACUCGGAAUAACGCCGCAGCACGACGUCCUUUUUGCUGCUUUCAGUCAAAGUGAGUCGAUAAAUACGAACACGCCAUCGAAUCUGUCGGCGCUUUGUGUUUACUCUCUAAAGGCAAUCCGUCGCAAAUUUAUGCAGAAUAUAAAAACUUGCUUUAGUGGCAAUGGCUCGCGGGGCCUAGAUUUUAUAUCGCCAUCCCAUCCUUGCAUCUUAACUAAAUUACAAUCGAUAAGCGAAGAUUUUUGUGGGUUGGAUGUAAACACGCCGUUGGGGGGUGAACAACCAGUGGAAGCAGUUCCAGUGGCCAAAUUCGAGAAGAGGCUGACUGCGGUGGCGGCCACAGCGACCGGUGACUACACUGUCGUGUUCGCCGGCACGGCCGAGGGACAUCUCAAGAAGAUUGUCGUCGAGAGCGCUACUUCAGCCUUUGAGUAUGGAGAUAUCGUGAUCGAUGAGCGUUCGCCGGUCAACAAAGACUUAUUCUUCGAUACUCAAUUAAUGCAUUUAUAUGUGAUGACCGAGAGCAAAGUGUCUAAAGUGAAAGUUCAAGAGUGUAGCGUAUACAAAUCGUGUUUAACAUGCCUCGGUGCCAAAGACCCGUACUGUGGUUGGUGUUCCUUAGAGAAUAAGUGUAGCCUUCGAUCGGACUGUCAGGAGGCGGCAAAGGAUCCUUUGUACUGGAUAUCGUAUCGUAGUGGACGAUGUACGACAAUCACUCAAGUUACACCGAAUCAAUUGCAACGAACUACUGCAAGGACUUUAGAUUUACACAUAGAAAACCUGCCAACACUCAAUGGUCAAUUUUUGUGCGCAUUUACAGCUUUAGACCGUACGCUUAAAACUAAUGCUACUCGGAAAACUAACGGUGUAAAUUGUACUACUCCACGUACCGAUACCUUGCCGCCGAUACCCUCCGGCCAGCAUCAUUUCACUGCCAAGCUGUCAGUGCGCACGACACAGGGACCCGAUUUCGUUGCGACUAAUUUCACAUUUUUCGACUGUAACACUUAUAGCUCUUGCACUCAGUGCGUAAGCUCGUCGUUCCCUUGUGAUUGGUGCGUUGACGGUCACCGCUGCACGCACGACACGGCCGAGAACUGUAGGAACGACAUCCUUGUCACUGGGAUCAGUAGAAUCGGGCCUAGCUACCGUUCGGGCCCAAGCUUCUGUCCCACUAUUAAUUCCACUUCCGACGGCACUAAUGAGAUUCUCGUUCCAUCCGGUGUUAAAAAGGCUAUUAAAGUAAAAGUUCAUAUAAUUGGUCAAUUUAUUGUUCAGACGAGGUUUGUAUGCCAGUUUAAUAUUGAGGGCCGCGUGACCCACGUGAAUGCCAAGCUUCUCGCCGAUACGAUUUAUUGCGAACCUGUUGAAUUUACUUAUACGUCUCGUGCUCCGAAUAUAACCGCAUCUUUUGCCGUCAUAUGGGGUGGAUCUAAACCGUUAGAUAAUCCGGACGACACUCACAUACUCAUAUAUCGUUGUAGCGACAUGGCGGAUAAUUGUGGUAUAUGUUUGGCUCUGCCCGAGAAGUUCGGUUGCGGUUGGUGUCAGGGAUCGGAUCGAUGCGAAGUACAAGAACAAUGUGGAGCUCCCAGUGUGUGGUUGAAUCGGACCCAAACGUGCCCCAAUCCGGAAAUCCAUUCUUUUAGACCGCAACUGGGCCCGUGGGACGGAGGUACGAAUAUAACUAUCGAAGGCAUAAAUCUAGGUCGGAACAUAUCAGAUAUCUACAAUGGCGUCACGAUAGCUGGUAUCAAAUGUCAGCCAAUAGUCGAAUUGUACGUAAAAACGCGGCGUAUAGUUUGUACCGUGGACGGUCCCGGUGAGGAGGUCCCGCGAGACGGUCCCGUCGUUGUCAGAGUCGCUGACUAUCGCGGCGAAUCGAAACAUCAUUAUGCCUUCGUGAAUCCUAAAAUAAAUUCCAUUCAACCGAAAUACGGUCCACAAUCUGGUGGAACUAAAUUGCGUAUCACUGGCGAGUAUCUGAACGCCGGAAACAAUAUUCAAGCUUUCAUUGACGACUUACCGUGCGCGAUUCUUUCCGUUUCUCACGAGGAAGCCGUAUGUCGUACGAGCCAUUCAUACCAACUUAAAAUGGGUACGUUACGAAUGCGUUUUGACACCGGAGUGCGGAAACUGGAACGCGAAAAGUUUGAAUAUAUAGAAGACCCCGUGGUCGAAUUCGUUGAGUCCGGCCCACCGUUAACGUCGCAGCGAAAGCAACCCAAAGGCAUUCCAUCCGGAGGGAUAAACAUUAAAGUGAUGGGUCGUAACUUUCAUUCCAUUCAGUUCCCACAAAUAUAUGUAUACCACGACAACCGACCGUAUAUAGCUCCUUGCCAUAGAGUUGAUUUUCAGACGCAUCUCAUUUGCGAAUCCCCCGGUAUCGAGAGUGCGGGGCUCAAUCUAGAUCCGGACAGGCCUUUGGAAUUAGAAUACGGAUUUAAUAUGGACGACGUCCAGAGCGUACAGAAUCUGACCAGUAAAACUGGCAACGCUUUCCUUCUUUAUCCGGAUCCUAUUUACGAGAAAUUUGACGAGGACGUUAAGUAUUAUAAGUCCGAAUAUUUGACUAUCAACGGUCAGAACUUGGAUAGGGCAUGUACUGAGAGCGACGUAGAGGUGCGCAUCGGCGAAAGCGUGUGCAACGUGACAUCGUUGGCACGCCACCAGCUGACCUGCCGGCCGCCGGCACGCGACGAGCUGCCGGAUGGCGUGGUCUCACCCGAAGUGGUAGUACGCGUGGGCCGCGCGCUCACCUACAAGAUCGGCAAGCUAUCGUACGACUCCCAGACCGGUCUGCAGGCGGCCAUCGGGAAGCCGAUCCUCUUCGGCGUUAGCGCUAGCGUAUUCGUACUCAUAUUUAUAUUUGUCGUAUUUCUAGUUAUGUAUAGGCGUAAAUCCACUGAGAAUAUUAGGGUAUUGAAAAAUAUGCAGGAGCAAAUGGAUAUUUUAGAGUUAAGAGUGGCGGCCGAGUGUAAAGAGGCAUUUGCCGAACUUCAGACUGAGAUGACCGACCUGACGGGAGACGUAACGGGUGGCAUUCCGUUCCUGGACUAUCGCACGUACGCGAUGAAGAUCUUGUUCCCCAACAUCGACGACCACGCCGUCCUGCAAUGGGAACGACCAGAGCUUAGUAGAAAAGAGAAAGGUCUGAAACUGUUCGGCCAACUGAUAAUGCAUAAAACAUUCCUAUUAUUAUUUAUUCGUACUUUAGAAAGCAAUAGAUAUUUUUCAAUGCGAGACCGCGUUAAUGUAGCUUCUCUUAUUAUGGUAACUUUACAAAGUAAGAUGGAAUAUUGUACUGAUGUUUUAAAAACGUUGCUGGCAGAGCUAAUCGAAAAGUGCAUGGAGGGGAAAAGCCAUCCUAAGUUAUUACUGAGGCGUACCGAGAGUGUCGCUGAAAAGAUGCUCAGUGCAUGGUUUACUUUCCUCUUGUAUAAAUUCUUGCGCGAAUGCGCUGGCGAACCGCUUUACCUUUUAUUUAGGUCGAUGAAAGGUCAAGUCGACAAAGGCCCGGUGGACGCGAUCACUUCGGAGGCGCGUUAUUCUCUGAGCGAAGAGAAACUCAUUAGACAAUCUAUAGAUUUUAAAGCGAUGUCCGUGAGCGUAUCGAUAUCGCAACAGACUAUCUUCGUGAGUGGUUUGGAAGCGACGACAGAAAAUGUCCAGGUAAAAGUCCUCGAUUGCGAUACGAUUAGUCAAGUGAAGGAGAAAUGCCUCGAUGCGAUUUACCGCGCGACGCCGUACUCGCAGAGGCCAAGCCGCGACGAGCUCGAUUUGGAAUGGCGCACGGGCGCUUGUGGUCGACUGAUUCUGUACGAUGAAGACAGCACUACUAAGUGCGAGGGGGAAUGGCGCAAAUUGAACACCCUCAAUCAUUAUCGCGUCCCGGACUGCGCGUGUCUCAGUCUUGUCGCUAAACAGAGCUCCGUUUAUAAUUUGUCCAACAUGGAGAAAAAUGACAAGUCACAUACGUACGAGACACUGAACAGAGGCAAAUACGGUUCUGCCAGCCCUCCCGCAAGCCCUCUUAAGUACGAGCACGGUGGCGGUUUCAAGUACUGGCAUCUCGUGCGGCACCACGACGGCGACGCACACAAGGAGGGCGAGCGUGGUAACAAGAUGGUCUCGGAAAUAUACCUUACCCGUCUGCUUGCGACCAAGGGCACACUGCAGAAGUUUGUGGACGAUUUGUUUGAGACCAUCUUCAGCACCGCGCACCGUGGCUCCGCGCUGCCGCUGGCCAUCAAAUACAUGUUCGACUUCCUCGAUGACCAGGCGUUGCAGCACGCUAUUUCCGACCCUGAGGUCGUGCACACCUGGAAAAGUAAUUCUCUUCCGCUUCGUUUCUGGGUUAAUUUAAUUAAAAAUCCCAAUUUCGUUUUCGACGUCCACAAGUCUAAUACAGUCGAUUCAUGCUUGUCGGUUAUCGCGCAAACGUUCAUGGACUCGUGUUCGACAUCUGAUCAUAUCCUCGGCAAGGACUCGCCCUCCUCGAAGCUGCUGUACGCAAAAGACAUUCCCGUGUAUAAGGAGUGGGUAGAGCGCUACUACGCAGACAUAAAGCUGAUGCCGGCCAUAUCGGACCAGGACAUGAACGCCAUGCUGGCGGAGGAGUCGCGCCUACACACUAAGGAGUUCAACACGAAUUGCGCGCUCAACGAGUUGUAUGCAUACGCCGUCAAAUACAACGAGCAGCUAAUGGUGACGCUGGAGGAGGAUGAGUUCUCGCAGAAGCAGCGGCUAGCGUACCGCCUGGAGCAGGUGCACGGCCUCAUGGCACACAACUACGAUGUGUAAGCCGCCCCGGCCGUAUCGCGCCGUACGCGCAUCGCCCACCGCCCUGUAUAUAAUGCCACCCCCGCACAUAUCUCUGCUGGCAACCAUUGUAUAUAUUAGAUAGUGUACAGUCUUUAAUAUUGUAAUUUUUGUAUUAUUUCAGCGGUCCGAUGUCGUUUUUUAAUUUUAUAUAAUGAACUUUGUAUUGUUUUACACGACGAACCCGACCGGCCGAGGUCGUGCCGCAGUAUGCAUCGUAAACUUAAAAUUUGUGUAUGUCUGUCUAUGUGUGCUCGCGUCGUACGAGAUAAUGUUACGUCGAUCGGUGUAAAAUGUGUGUCGCAAACGAAAUCGCAUGUGAGCCCCUUGGCGAGCUUAUCCCAGCUCGCCGGCGGGCGUUUUUAAAUUUGUACUCGCAGUAUUAUUAACGAAAUAACCGACAGUGAACCGGUAACGAUUCCAUUAAUAAAUAUCGUCGAAUGUA